AUGGCCUUUCCCACAGACAACCACUGUCACCUUUCGGUACAGUGCACGGAGGACACCGUCAAACGUCUCGCUGGUAAGCUCACCCAGAACUCUCCCACCUUCCAUGUCAUGUCCACCUACGCUGGAGACCUCGACCUUCUCGACCAGCUCCUCGACCAAGUUCCUGGACCAUCAGUGGUGCCAUACUACGGCGUUCAUCCGUGGUACAGCCACCUCUUUACCACUCGUCGUCCCCACGGCCAGUCCGGUGCUGACUUCAAACACACUCACUACUCCUCCAUCAUGAAUCCUGCUCCCCCGCCCCAGUUGUUGGAGGUACUCCCUGAUCCCAUCCACAUCGACGACCAUUUGGAAGUGAUCCGUGGCCUCAUCGAGAAGCACGCGGGUCUCGAGUAUGGCAUCGGCGAAAUUGGCCUCGAUAAACCGUUCCGAGUCCCUACCAAUGGGUAUUUUGGUGCUGUCGCCGAGGACGACGCAGAGUCAGGGCCCAAAUUAACCCAAUGCAGAGUCUCCAUGGACCACCAGGUGCAGAUUCUCGAAAAACAGCUCCAGUUGGCUGAUUCGCUAGGUGUGAAGGUAUCGGUGCACUGUGUCAAGGCCCAUGGAGCCCUCUACGACUCCGUGAGCAAAUACGCCAAUGUCAAGGUGAUCCUCCAUUCCUACAGCGGGCUGGUAGACCAAGCUAAAAUCUGGAUCCGAAAUUACAGGAAGUCGGGGCAGAGCCUUCAAUUUUCGUUCUCCAACUGGAUCAAUGGGGUUCAGAGCAAGACAGAGUCCCUCUCGCAAAUUGUAGACAGUCUCGAAAAGAAUCAAGUGUUAGGAGAAACUGACAUGCUGAUCGACGAGUGGUUGUUAGAAAAGGAAGAUGAAUAUUGGGCUGGACUCAAUGAAAUAUACCGUAAGAUAGGAAAGAAAUAG